CUGCCGCAUCAGCACUCAUGGGAAGAAACACUCACUCAUACUGAAGAGGGUGACUCUGGGAGAUGCAGGCCUCUUCAUGUUUCAGGCCAAUGGCAUUCAGACUUCAAGCAGACUCACAGUCAGAGCCAGGGACAUCCACAUUGUGAAGGAGCUGGAGGAUGUAGACACGAUGGAGCGUCAGCCUGUGAGCUUCCUGUGUGAGGUCAACCAGGUGGAUGUAGAUGGUCGUUGGUAUAGAGAUGACUGUCGAAUUCGACCUGGAGACAACAUUAAAAUAAGACAUCAGGGUAAAUCGCACACCUUGAUGAUCAAGUCAGUCAGACCUGAACAUGCAGGAGAGAUCAGAUUCACUGCAGAGCGAGUUUCAUCCUAUGCAACUCUUACAGUACAAGAGCUUCCAAUCCAAAUACUUCGCCCUCUGAGGGUUAAGAUAGCCAUGUAUCGUCACCGAGGUCUGCUGGAGUGCCAGGUGUCAAGACCCAAUGCUCAGGUUAGGUGGUAUAAGAACAGGAUGGAGCUGGUGCCCAGUAAAAAGUACCAACUGAUCAGCCAGGAUGUCUACAGGCAGCUCAUCAUCGACGACGUCUGCUCGUCAGAUGAGGACACCUACACAUGUGAUGCAGGAGAUGACAAAACCUCUUGUCAGCUUCUAGUGGAGGAACAGGCUAUAAAAAUAGUACGAGGAAUGAACUCAGUGGAGGUGAUGGAGCCAGAGCCAGCACUGUUCCAAGUGGAGACUAGCCUAAAAUCAGGGAGGCCCCCAAGAUGGACCCUGAACAGUGAGGUGUUGGAGCCCAGUGCAGCAGUGAACAUUGACAGAGAAGGCACCUUGCACAGUCUCCUGUUCAACUCCACAGACAGCUCCAUGUCUGGCCCCAUGCUAUUUGUUGCUGGCAAGAGUCGUUCCUCUGCUCACCUUACGGUCAAGGAGCGUCCUCUUCAGGUUACCCAACAUUUGGACGAUGUAGAAGCAAAGGAGAGCAGCUCAGUGACUCUGAGCUGUAGGUUUGCUCCCUCUCCCAGAGUUGUGCGGUGGUUUAAAGGUCGUACAGCUUUGAAGACCUCGAACAAAUACAGCAUGAGGAGAGAAGGGAAACGAGCUGAGCUGACCAUUCAUGGUUUGAUAGGAAUGGAUGCAGGGCAGUACUGCUGUGUCGCAGGAGGCGCACAGAGCACAGCACAUGUAAAAGUAGAAGUGAAAACCCUUAAGUUUUUGAAACACCUUGAGCCAGUAGAAAUUGAGGAGGAUGGUAUUGCCACAUUCUCAUGUGAGCUCAACUAUGUCGUCGCCAACGUUGAGUGGCUGGUCAACAACAUUCGCCUCUAUUCUAAUGCCAUCAACAGGAUCCAGCACAUGGGAACUAUGCACAGCCUCGUAAUCAAGAAGCUGCGACCACAGCAGAGCAGGGUCACUUUUAAAGCAGGACUUCUCUCUCAGACAACCACUCUUAAAGUCAAAGAGCGACCAGCAGUGUUCCUGAGGUCUCUGGAGGAUGUAACAGGAGAGGAGCAAGGAGAAGUCUGCUUGCAGUGUGAAAUAUCCAAAGAGACAGUGACUCCUAUUUGGAGGAAGGAUGGUAUGGUCCUGACUGCUGACGAUAAACACGAGAUACUCCAGUUUGGGAAGUCCAUGGCGCUGAUAAUUCACUCCCUGAGCAAGGAUGAUGCUGGACAGUACACCUGUGACCUGGGCACCAGUCAGACCAAAGCGAAAGUAAUCGUACAUGACUUACACAUCACUAUUAUUCAGCGUUUAAAGACUACAUCUGUCCAGGAAGGUGAAACCUGCACCUUUGAAUGUCAACUCUCUCAUGAUGUCAGUGAUGAACCAUCCUGGACCAUCAAUGAUGAAGCAGUGGUCACAAAUAGUCACAUCCAGGUUAUCAACAAUGGUCGCAAGUAUAGGUUGACCAUAAGAGAUGUUGUUCUGACUGAUGCUGGAGAGAUACUCUUCACAAUAAAAGACCUCAGCUGUAGAACCAUGCUCUUCGUCAAAGAAAAGCCAGUACAUAUCUUCAGGGAACUGUUGAACGUCAAGGCGGUGCCGGGCGAGGACGCAGAACUGAGCUGUGAGAUCACCAAACCAGAUGUUACAAUCCGUUGGCUGAAAAAUGGCCAUUUGAUCAGGCAGGGUGCAAAGUAUGAGAUGAGUGUGGAGAAGAACCUGGCUCGAUUGUUGAUCAAGAAUACCACUAUAAGGGAUUCUGGAGAGUACUGUUGUGAGGCUGAAGGCGUUGCCUCACGUGCUAAGCUGGAGGUCAGAGAUCUCCAGCACACAUUUGUGAGGGAGAUAAGAGAGACGCGAGCAGAGGAAAAGGGUAAAGUUACCUUGGAGUGUGAGACGCGACGACCGGCAAAGCGUGUGACUUGGCUGAAGGGUCUGGUGGAGCUGAGGUCUGGUAGGAAGUAUGUGAUCAGGCAAAAGGGAGUCAUGCUGUCCCUGACCAUCACCUGCCUGGAGAAAUCAGACACGGAUAUUUACAUAUGUGAUGUUGGCACCAUGCAGAGCCGGGCACAGUUGACAGUAUUGGGGCAGAAAGUGUUGAUCCUGGAUGAGCUGGAGGAUGUUGAGUGCCUGGAGGGCGACACAGUCUCAUUCAAGUGUCGGAUUUGUCCAAGUGACUACAUUGGGGUCAAGUGGUACCUGGACGAGACCCUGCUGUACACCAAUGAGCUCAAUGAGAUCCAAAUGCUACCUGGAGGCUACCACAGCCUCACCUUUAGGCAACUUGCACGAAAAGACACUGGCACUAUUUCGUUUGCAGCAGGGGACAAGAGAUCAUAUGCUUCACUGCUGGUUAGAGAGAGGCGUCCCACCAUCAUUAAAGCCCUGGAAGACUGUGAGGCCAUUGAGGGAGGUGGUUUGGUUUUGUCUUGUGUGACUUCUAAGCCAUGCCACAUCCUGUGGUAUAAAGAUGGCUGUCUGAUGUGGAGUUCGUCGCGGUAUUUUACCACCCGUUCUGGUUGCGAGGCUCGACUCACAAUUCGGGAGGUCAGCAACAGUGAUGCUGGCGUGUAUGAGUGCAGUGCUGGCUCUGUUACAACCAGAGCCGUUGUUACAGUCAAAGCCAUCCCAGCCGAGUUCACUCAGCCUCUAAAGACUGUAGAGGCCAAUGAGGGGGAGACAGUGACCCUGACCUGUGAAUACUCUCUGCCUGGGGUGCAGUUCCACUGGUGGAGAGGUUUUGAGAGCCUCAGGGCCGGAGACAAGUAUGUAAUGAAACAGAGGAAGACCGUAAAUACCCUAACCCUCAAAGCUGUGAAGCCUGUGGACUCUGGAGAAUAUACUUGUCAGUGCAGAGAUCAUCGCACUACAGCAAGCCUCAAAGUACAUGAAUGGAGAAAGGGACAGGAGCUUUUGAGGAAUGGGGUUAAACACCAGAUAAAGAAAAGGGAGACCACCUAUGAGCUGCUUAUAUGGAAGCCUGUGCCUGAGGACAGUGGGGUCUACUACUGUGUUUGUGCUGAUCAGGUGACAUCUGCAACUGUCAAGAUCACCGCUCUGCCAGUCACCUUCAAGCAGAAGUUGAGGAAUGUGCUGUUUGAAGAGGGUAGCACCGCCACUUUACGCUGUGAGCUGUCCAAACCCGGUCACAGUGUGGAGUGGAGGAAGAGGGGGAAUGAACUCAUAAGAAACGGAGAGAAAUAUCACAUGAGGCAGAGAGACAUGCUGAUUGAACUAAGGAUCUUUGAUGUGACACUUGAGGAUAGUGACAUCUAUACAUGCAUCUGUGGAAACAUUGAGACCACUGCUACACUGACUGUUAAUGCCCUUCCCAUCACGUUCAAGCAAAAGCUGAAGAACAUCCAAGUGGAAGAAGGACACAACAUCACACUUUACUGUGAGAUCUCUAAACCUGGCGUCCCAGUGGAGUGGAGGCUUGGAGGAGAUUUGUUGGAAAACGGGGAGAAGUACCAGAUUAAGCAGAGAGACACAGCUCUGGAGUUGAUCAUUAGAUAUGCUGAUCCAGAUGACAGCGGGGUCUACACAUGUGUGUGCAGAGAGCAGAGAACUAAGGCCACAGUUAAAGUCAUUGCGGUUCCUGCCACAUUUAAAGUUAGUCUUAAAAGCCAGGAGGCUGAAGAAGGGAAGAGUGUGACAUUACGCUGUGAACUGUCAAAGAAGGGAGUCCCAGUUCAGUGGCAGAGAGCUGGUCAGGUGCUGACUGAGGAGUUAUUUAGAGGAAAGUACCAGAUGGAGCAAGAAGGAAGGAUGGCUCAGAUGAUCAUUCUCAAUGUGCAACCAGAGGAUGCUGGGAAAUAUAGCUGUGUUACAGGAGAUGAAAAAACCACAGCUGAAGUCAAAGUGAAACCAUUCCCUGUGUCAUUCAAACGAGAGAUCCAGUGCAUUGAGGUGAAGGAAGGGGACAGUGGAGUUUUCGCCUGUGAGCUCUCCAAACUUGGAGCUCCAGUGGAAUGGAGGAAAGGCAGGGUGAUUCUAAAGCAUGGAGAGAAAUAUGAAAUGAAACAGGAGGGACGUCUGACCAAACUGAUCAUCAACAGUGUUGACGAAAGUGAUGCUGGGAAAUAUACCUGCAAGACAAGAGACAGCCAAUCAACUGCUGAGCUCACAGUCCAAGGUUUACCACCAAGAUUUAAGUUGCCACUAGUCAACCAGGAAGCGACUGAGAGCAACAGUGUGGUGCUCCGAUGUGAGCUUGACAAACCUGCUUCAUCAGUGGAGUGGUUCAGAGGAAUAGAACUGCUGAGAAAUGGAGACAAAUACCAGAUGAGGAAAAAGGACCUCCAGGUGGAAAUGAAGAUAUCAGAUCUGAGUCUUGAUGACACUGGAGAUUAUACCUGUGUAUGUGGAGAACAAAGGACCAGAGCAAUGGUUAUCGUCAAUGAGCGGCCUGUCAGAUUCCUUCAGGAAUUAAAGAACAUUCAGGUGCAGGAAGGCAAUGGAGUAACACUGUGCUGUGAACUCUCAAAACCUGGAUCUCCAGUUCAGUGGAGGAAGGGAGACAAAGUGCUGACCAAUGGAGAGAAAUAUCAGAUGAAGAAAUGCGGUUCCAACCUGGAGCUCCUCAUCAAGAAAAGUCAGCCCGAGGACAGCGGCACUUACAGUUGUGUUUGUGAUGAUGUAAAAACGACCGCCACUAUCAUCAUCAAUGCCAUCCCAGUUACUUUCAAGCAAAAGCUGAAGAACCAGGAAGCUGUGGAGGAGGGCAGUGUGACACUGCGCUGUGAGCUCUCUAAACUGGGAGUCCCAGUGGAGUGGACAAAAGAUGGCCAACUCCUGAAAGAUGGAGAUAAAUAUCAGAUGAAGCAGGAGGGAAGGGUGGCUGAGAUUCUGAUCAGAAAUUUAACUCUAAAAGAUGCAGGAGAGUUCAGCUGUUUUGCUGGCAGUGUUGUGACUUCAGCGGAUAUUAAAGUAAGACCAAUUCCUGUGACAUUUAAAAAAGAAGUGGAGAGUUUGGAAAUAAAGGAAGGAGACAGUGGAGUUUUCUCCUGUGAGCUCUCCAAACCUGGCGCUCCAGUGGAGUGGAGGAAAGGCAGAGUGGUCCUCAAACCAGGAUACAAAUAUGAGAUGAAGCAGGAGGGAUGUCUCACUAAACUGAUCAUCAACAACAUAGAAGAGAGUGAUGCUGGGAGAUAUACCUGCAAGACUGAUGAUUGCCAAUCAACUGCUGAGCUCACAGUUAAAGCUCCUCCAAUCACAUUCAAGACAAAGUUAAAGAACCAGCAAGUGGAGGAGGAGAACAGUGUUACACUGAGCUGUGAGUUGUCAAAGCCUGGCCUUUCUGUAGAGUGGAGAAAAGGACAAGAGGUGUUGAAGAAUAACUUCAAGUACCAAAUUAAAAACCGAAACUGCAUCAUGGAGCUGAUGAUCAAAAACUCACAGCUUGAAGACAGUGGCCUGUACAGCUGUAACUACGGUGAUGUCAAGACAACAGCUAACGUCACGGUUACACCUAUACCGCUCACCUUUAAAAUGGGUCUGAAGAACCAGGAGGCCCCUGAAGGAGGCAACGUGUCCCUUCGCUGCGAGCUGUCCAGGGCUGGGGUGCCUGUGCAGUGGUGGAAGGGAGAGGAUCAGCUCUUCCACAGUGGAAGAUAUCAGAUGACACAGAGAGGAAGCAUAGCUGAGAUGCACAUCAGAAACAUCCAACCAGAAGAUGUUGGAGAGUACAGCUGCAUUCUGGGAGAGCAGAAGACAACAGCUGAGGUCAACGUGAGAGCGGCAGCAUCGGUGUUCUUUGAGAAGGAACUGGAAAACCAAGCAGUGAUGGAGGGGAAAUCUGUGUUGCUGUCUUGUGAAGUUUCCAGUGCUAAUGUCCCUGUCACUUGGAAGAAGGACAAUACAGUGAUAGAAGAUGGAGGGAGAUGCAUCUUAAAGAAGAAAGGCCCCACACACACUUUGGAGAUCAAGAAACUUUGUCUGGAGGAUGCAGGAGAGUACAGCUGUAUCAGCAGAGGCAAAAAGACAACUGCAAAGCUAAUAGUGAGGGAGCGUGUGCGGAUCGUUACGCCAUUGCACGACAUAACUGUGACAGCGGGUGAGGAUGCAAUGUUUUUGUGUGAGCUGAGCCAUGCGGACGUGAGCGAGGGUGUCUGGUGGCUUGGUUCCAGCCCUCUCCAGAAGAACGAGAUGAACCAGAUGACGUGCCGAGGUCGUGAGCACCGGCUGAUCCUCACCAUGACAACACCUGAGGAGACUGGCACUGUGGCGUUUGUGAUUGGGGAGGAGAGGACUUCUGCAAGUUUGUUGGUUGUUCCCAAACCAAAAGAGCUCCCUCCAUUCUUCCAAGAAGAACUGCAGAGUCAUGAGGUUGAAGAAGGUGGUACAGCCUCCCUGUACUGUGAGCUCUCUAAACUUGGAGUGCCAAUUCAGUGGAAGAAAAACAAACUGCCUUUAAGAGUCAGCAGAAAGUAUGGGAUAAAGCAAGAUGGCUGCCUUCUGCAGCUCCACAUAAAUGACCUCAAACUUGAGGACAGUGGCAGCUACACAUGCCAGGCAGGAAAUGCAGAGACCACUGCAGUUGUGACAGUGAAAGAGCUUCCUCCAUUCUUCAAGAAAGAACUAAGAAGUGUAGAGGCUGAGGAAGGAAGUAUAGCCACUCUCUGCUGUGAGCUGUCUAAGCCUUUUGCAUUGGUGCAGUGGAAGAAGAACAGACAGCCUCUGAAGGCUAGCAUAAAAUAUGAGAUGAAACAAGAUGGCUGCAUCCUUCAGCUUAGCAUCAAGGAGCUCGCACCUGAAGACCGUGGGAGCUAUACUUGUCAGGCAGGAAGUGCAGAGACCACUGCAACUUUAUCAGUGAAAGAGCUCCCACCAUUUUUCAAGGAAGAACUGUGUAAUGUGAGAGCUGAUGAGGGAGGUAUGGCAACACUGCGCUGUGAGCUGUCUAAGCCUGGAGUUUGGGUACAGUGGAAGAAGAAUAAGAUGCUUCUGAGAGCAAACAGGAAGUAUGAAAUAAAGCAAGAUGGCUGCCUCCACCAACUUUAUAUAAAGGAUCUCAAAGCUGAGGACAGUGGCAGCUACACAUGUCAAGCUGAAAAUUCUGAAACAACUGCAACUGUGACAGUGAAAGAGCUGCCACCAUAUUUCAAAGAAGAACUGCAGAAUUUGGAGGUAGAAGAAGGAGCUACAGCCUCUCUGUGCUGUGAGCUGUCUAAGCCGGGAGUGUCGGUACAAUGGAAGAAGAACAGGCAAACACUGAGAGCCAACAGGAAGUAUGACAUGCAGCAGGACAGUUGCCAACUCCAGCUACACAUCAAAGAUCUUACACUUGAGGACAGUGGCAGUUACACAUGUCAGGCAGGAGGGGAAGAAACCACUGCAGCUGUUAUAGUGAAAGAACUCCCUCCAUUCUUCAAGGAAGACUUAAUAAGUGUGGAGGCUGAAGAGGAGGGUACAGCCUCUCUGUGCUGUGAGCUUUCUAAGCCUGAAGUGUUGGUACAAUGGAAGAAGAAUAAGCUACCGUUAAGAGCAAACAGAAAAUAUGAGAUGAAACAGGAUGGCUGCUUUCUUCACCUACAUAUCAAGGAUCUCAAACCUGAGGACAGUGGCAGCUACACAUGUGAAGCAGGAAGUGCAGAGACCACUGCGUCUCUGACAGUGAAAGUGCUCCCACUGUUCUUCAAGGAAGGCUUGUACAGCAUGGAGGUUGAAGAGGGAGGGACAGUUUCUCUAUCCUGUGAGCUGUCUAAGCCUGGAGUAUCCAUACAAUGGAAGAAGAACAGGCUGCCACUUCGAGCUGGCAGGAAGUAUGAGAUGAAGCAGGAUGGCUGCCAGCUUCAGCUGCACAUCAAGGAACUCAAAUCUGAGGACAGUGGCAGCUACACAUGUCAUGCAGGAAAUGCAGAGACUAGUGCAACCUUGACAGUGAAAGAGCCUACUCCAUAUUUUAACAAAGAAUUACAAAGUGAAGAGGUUGAGGAGGGAGGUAUAGCCUCUCUGUGCUGUGAGCUGUCUAAGCCUGGAGUGUCUGUCCAGUGGAAGAAAAACAAUCUGCUACUGAGAGCUAACAGAAAGUAUGAGAUGAAACAGGAUGGCAGCUUCCUACAGCUUUACAUCAAAGAUCUUGAACUAGCCGACAGUGGCAAGUACACAUGUCAAGCUGGAAGUGCAGAGACUACGGCAGCUUUAUCAGUGAAAGAGCUUCCACUGUCCUUCAAGAAAGACUUGGUGAGUGUUGAAGUUGAGGAGGGAGCUACAGCCACACUGUGUUGUGAGCUAUCCAAGCCUGGGAUGUCAGUCCAAUGGAAGAAGAACAAGCUGCCACUGAGAGCAAACAGGAAGUAUGAACUGCAGCAGGAUGGCUGCAUCCAUCAACUCCAAAUUAAAGAUGUCAAACCUGAGGACAGUGGCAGCUUCACGUGUCAGGCAGGGAAUGCAGAGACCACUGCAGCAGUGACAGUGAAAGCGCUCCCACCUUUCUUCAAGGAAGACCUGUGCAGUGUGGAGGUUGAGGAGGGAGGUACAGCUUAUUUGUACUGUGAGCUGUCUAAGCCUGGAGUACCCGUACAAUGGAAGAGAAACACUCUUCCUCUGAGAGCCAACAGGAAGUAUGAGAUGAAGCAGGAAGGUUGCAAACUUCAGCUACACAUCAAGGAGCUCAAACCUGAGGACAGUGGCAGCUACACAUGUCAGGCAGAAAGUGCAGAAACUACUGCAACUUUAUCGGUCAAAGUGCUCCUGCCAUUCUUCAAGGAAGACUUGCGUAGUGUGGAGGUGGAGGAGGGAGAUACAGCAUCUCUUUGCUGCGAAUUAUCUAAGCCUGGAGUGACAGUACAAUGGAAAAGAAAUAAGCUGCCACUGAGAGCCAACAGGAAGUAUGAGAUGAAGCAAGAUGGCUGCCAACUUCAGCUCCACAUCAAAGAUCUCAAACCUGAGGACAAUGGCAGUUACACAUGCCAAGCAGGAAGUGCAGAGACCACUGCAACUGUGACAGUGAAAGAGCUCCCACCAUUUUUCAAGUUAAACUUAUCUAAUGUCGAAGUUGAAGAGGGAAGCACAGCUUCUCUCUCCUGUGAGCUGUCUAAGCCUGGAGUAUCUGUACAAUGGAAUAAGAACAAGCUUCCUCUCAGAGCCAACAGGAAGUUUGAAAUGAGGCAAGAUGGCUGCCAGGUUCAGCUGCAGAUUAAGGAGCUCAAACCAGAGGACAGUGGGAGUUACACCUGCCAUGCAGGAAGUGCAGAAACUACUGCGACUUUGUCAGUCAAAGAGCUUCCACCUUUCUUCAAAGAGGACUUAUCUAGUGUGGAAGUUGAAGAGGGAAGCACAGCCUCCCUGCGCUGUGAGCUGUCAAGACCUGCAUUGUCUGUACAGUGGAGGAAGAACAAGCUUCCUCUAAGAGCUAACAGGAAAUACGAGAUAAAGCAGGAGGGCUGCGUCCUCCACCUUCACAUCAAGGAGCUGAAACCUGAGGACAGUGGCAGCUACACAUGCCAUGCAGGAAGUGCAGAGACCACUGCAACUGUGACAGUGAAAGCACUCCCACCUCCGCCAAAGAUAGAGCCUCCCACGUUACAGCCUCGGACAAAACCAAAUCUGUCUCUCGAGGAGGAGAAGCCUGAUAUCCCAGUGACUAAACCUGUUCCUCCAGAGCCCAAAAAGAGAACCAAUAGGAAACCAUCAAUUACCUCUAUAGACAAAGAUGUGGAACCACUGGUUGAUCUAAGACAGUCUGUACAGAGAGAAAACAGGGAAGACCAAAAGGGCAUACAGGCUGCAAAGACAGUGGAGAAAGACUUUGAAGUUGCACUGAAUGUAAAACAACAGGAAAGACAUGAGGAGAAAGACAGUGAGGUGUUCGAAAAAGUCAAAAAGACAAUGAGACUACUGGGGAAAGAGGAUGGGGUUGACAGACAUGUGGAAGAUCGGGAAAGGUCAUUGGAAACAGAAAAAGACAUUACAAUGGAAAGAAGACAAGCAAGAUUAAAUAUCGAGAAUACAGUCAGGGUUGAACAAAAUGAAAGUCAGCCAGUCAAGGCUCAUGGUGAUACUGUGUUUGAACAAAAUAAAAAUCAACUGAUAUUCUUAGAAAAAGAAAGGGAAGUUGAUCAGAACCAAAAACCAUGGUCAAAACUACCAUGUGAAGUUGACAGGAAGGAAAACGUUCAAGGAACCUUGCAGUGGAAGGUCAGUGAGGAAGAAAAGCAGCCUUUAAAACUUAAAGCAAAGUAUAUCGAGGAAGAACAAAUAAAGGAACUUCAAAAGGAGAAUGAAGUGCACAAAACAGAAGAGGAACCUUUGAAACCACCAGUAAGAUCUAAAGGAAAGGUGGUGGGUGCAAAGGAACCAUUUAAAGAUGUUGCAAAGGAAACAGAGGAGUUGAAUGACCCAUCAGUGAAGUCUGCUGUAAGUGAUGCUGAAGGAGAACAGAGAAGGUAUGUGAAACAAGUGUCAACAGAAGUGGAGAGGGAGAAGACUGAACUACCGAUGAAGAAACAGGCUUUAGAGCAACCAGAAAAGACUGUAAAAGAGGCUGAAAUUGCAGCUCCAAAACCACCAGUGAGGAUGAAAAGCAAAACAAGAGGGGGAAUGGAUAAACAGUAUUCAAGGGACACAGAGACUGAUCAAGAAGAUCAGCAGACAAUAAGAGCUGUGUUGAAACUAUCAGAUGAUCAGCCAGUGAAGCCUACAGAAGAAACUUUGAAGAAACAAGUUGAGGAUAAGCCAAGAUUUGAGAGGUCAGUAACAUCUGAGGCUGAUAUAGUCGAGAAGAUUAAGCAAACUGUGAGAACUAUAGAGCAAAAUGUAGACACCAAACAACCAGUAAAACAACCAACCACAGACACAGAGGCCGCUGAGAUUAUGAAGCAGACUGUAAAAGCUGUAGAGACAGACACAAGCAUCAGACAGCCAAUGAAACAGCCUUAUACUGCAGACACUGAGGUAGCUGAAAUUAUAAAGCAACCUGCUAAAGCUGUAGACACAGACACAAGCAUCAGGCAGCCAAUGAAACAGCCUUAUACUGCAGACACUGAGGUAGCUGAGAUUAUAAUACAACCUGCUAAAGCUGCAGAGACUGAUGCAAAAGUCAAACAGCCUUAUACUACCAACACUGAGAUAACUGAGAUUAUAAAGCAAUCUGUUAAAGCUAAAGAAACAGAUGCAAACAUUAAACAAUCAACCCAGCAACCUUUUAUGGCAGACACUGAAAAAGCUGAAAUUAUAAAGCAACCUGCUAAAUCUAUAGAAGCAGACUUAAACAUCAAACAACCAAUCAAACAACCAGUCAAACCUAUGAGAAAAGAACCUGAAGUGGACCAGGAAAUUAAACUGGUAGUGGAACCAAUGAGAUGGGAGGAACAACAAACAACAAAGACUACAGAAGAAAUUCCCCUCCUGUACAUUUCUGAGGAUGACACUUUCUCUGAGGCUUUGACUGACAUACCCCCAGACCUCAGCAGCGACAGGUCAAAGCAACCAUUUACUCUUCUUCCUGUUGAUGAACCCCAGAAGGUUCAACUUCAAAACAAAGAAACACCACAAUUAGACUUUAGCGUUGAUGAUGAACCCCAACUACAAGAAGCUGCAGUCAAGAUCCAGGCUGCCUUUAAAGGCUAUAAAACCCGUAAAGACAUGCGGCCUGUCUUUAAAGAGGUGUUUAAGAACCAGAGUGCAGAUCUUCAUGGUACUUUAACUCUAGCUUGUGUUGUCGAAGGAAAACCCAGCACCGUACGCUGGUUGAAAAACAACAAAGAAAUCAUUGCUGAUCAACGCUGCCACAUUGACACUACAGAGAACGGCUUAUGCACCCUAGUGAUCAAAAACUUAACCACAAAUGACAGUGGGAUCUAUACAUGUGAAGUUGUGAAUAAGUUUGGUGUGACUUCCUACAAUGGAAACAUAACAGUUGUACAGCCUCAGAAUCCUGCUCCUAUGGCUCAGAAGCCCAUACAUCCACCCCUCGCGGCCAUAACUCCUCUGCAACUCGCACCACAGAGGCCUGAAACCCAGAAUCAGAUACCUGCCUCUGCUGCUGAUGAGGCAAACUAUGUAGAAAGUGUCACUGAAUCUCUGUGGGAGGUCUACAACAUGACGGAGCAGGACGCUCAGAGGAGACUGCAAGAGAGAAGAGCAUCCUCACCCAUCGCUUCAAGCUCCAUGUCAAGUCCCUCUGAUUAUGAAACUGCUCCAGAUAUAAUGGAACCUGUUGAGACUGCUCCAGCUGUACAAAGAGAGGUGACAAAACCAGUGGAGCAGCUCCCUCCAAAAGAUGAUAAUGAACAGCUGGAUGCCCUGCAACCCCCUAUGAAACUACUGAAAGUAAAAGGGGCUCAUGAAGGUAAAAUGAGGACACCAUCUCCUAAACACCACCGUGCUCACACACCCUUAACUAGUACUGUCUCUGGAUCAGAGUCAGAGGGAGAAGAGGAUAGACGAGAGACGUUUGAAAUAUACGUGGCUCGAGCUGACUGCAGCCCUGACAGUGAAACAAAGGACAGUUUUAUUCUGAAGGAGGGCCAGUUUGUAGAGGUCCUGGACUCUGUUCAUCCAGAUAGGUGGCUGGUAAGGACCAAACCCACUAAAACCAACCCUGCUAGACAGGGAUGGGUGUGUCCCGCCUACCUGGAGAAGAAGAGAAAGGAGACCUUCCCACAGUUAAGAGCACCUCAAGAGGAUCUUGAUGGAAUCGGGUCUACAGGAGAGGAGUACAAGAGAGCUCUGAGCCAACUGAUCCAAGGUCUCGUUGAUGGAGAAGAGGAAUAUGUGAAGGAGAUGAAGAUGUUUACUUCUAACCAGCUGAAUUAUUUGGAAUCUUGUCGGAACAUUCCCAUUAACAUCCUCAACCAGAAAGAGAUCAUUUUUAGGAAUAUCAAAGACAUUGUUUUUCUGCAUGAGAGGAUUGUCCUGCCUGGUCUCAGAGUUUGUACCACAGACGACGAUGUGGCCAUGCAUUUGAUUAAACACACUGAGGACUUUGAGAAAUAUCUUCACUACAUGGUGGGACAAGCACAAGCAGAAGCCUGCAUCAGUGACAAGGCUAUCCAGCAGUUUUUCAAAGUAUACCUAAAAUCUGAACUAACAGAAUCUGGUAAGCCUGAUGCCCCGGUCAUGGAUGUCCUGACCUUCCUCCAACGGCCGGUGGAGAGGAUUCAAACCUACCAGGCUUUACUGAAGGAGUUGAUCAAGAACAAGGCUAAAAGUGGCCAGAGUUGCUGUCUUUUGGAGGAUGCUUUUUCCACUGUGUCCUGUCUGCCCUGGAGGUCUGACAACUUGCACCAGGCAUCCCUCAUUGAGAACUAUCCAGCUCCCCUGACUGCUCUGGGUGAGCCUGUGAGACAGGGAGUCUUCACAGUAUGGGAGGAAUCUCCAGAAAGUAAAACCACCACUAGAGGGCAUCAGAGACAAGUGUUUCUCUUCAAGGAAUGUAUUGUACUAUGUAAAUUGAAGGGUGACACAUACUCUUUCAAGAACAAAAUGAAGCUGAAUGAUGUAGAAAUAAAGGAGACUAUAGGUGCAGAGGAAAAGUCUUGGGGGUUGUGGCAUGAACACAGGGGCUCAUUGCGAAGGUACACCCUGCAGGGUCGCUCCUCUGUGGUGAAACUUUCCUGGCUAAAGGAUCUAAGGGAGUUACAGCAACGCUCCAGCCUGACCACUAAUUGCCUGCCUAUAUUUGAGUCACUCUUGUCUGAUUGCACAACAAAGAUUGGCCAGACAAUCAAACUGACCUGUAAAGUCACAGGAUCACCAAAACCAGUGGUUAGCUGGCUCAAAGAUGGUCUUCCUUUAGAGGAUGACCCACGUCACAUCAUCACAGCCGACCGGUUAGGAACCUGCAGUCUCAUCCUGGACAGUCUCACUGCAGAGGACUCUGGACAGUAUGCUUGCUAUGCUACCAGCCCCAUGGGCAGCGCUGGUACUCUGGCCAAAGUGGUAGUGCAGGCUCCUCCUAGAUUUGUGUCUCGCCUGGAGAGUGCCUGUCUGAUAGAUGGGGAGGAUAUUCAGUUUAUCUGCUCCACACUUACUACUCCUUUACCACGAAUCAGAUGGUUUAAAGAUGGAAGAGAAUUGACUGACCAGAAAAAAUACUCCAUCCAGAAUGAUGCUCGCAGUGGGAUCUUGUGCCUGACGGUCAUCAGGGCAUCUGAGGCAGACAUUGGACAGUAUGAGUGUGAGCUGUGGAAUGAGUUUGGCUGCGUCAAAUGCAAAGCAGGACUGUGCCCAGCUUAUGUACCAACAACUGACAUUGAGAUUGACCAACCACAGGACCUGCCUCCUAAAGGUAUGACUGCCAGAGAUGCUAAAGGUAAAUAUUCUCCACAUAGAUUUGACACCCAAGAAUGGGUUUUCAUUCAGAUCCACACUUUUAAAAGUUUAGCAGCCAUUGAGAAGGGUAAAAGCACAUGCCAUUGUCAAGUUUUACUUCAGUUCAUAUCACAUCUGACCCUUUUCAACAUCAUGUCAUAUGACAGUCCUCCACUUCUCAAUGAACUGAAACAAACUGCAUCAAUUUCCACUUCCAACCACUACCAUUCUUUCAUUCUAUCAAAGUUGAUGUCAUUUUAUGAUUUCAUUCAUGUUUACUUUUCCCCAUUUCACACACCCUCACAUCAUAAGAAGCUCGAAAGAAUUCUUGCACUCAGUGUCAUUCUGGUUUUCACAGAUGCAGACUCAGAAGGCUGGUCCACUGCCUUUGUUAAGAAGUGGUUACAAACGGACUUCAGCCCAACCUCUAUUGCUAAGAUGCUCUUUCCUCCUGAAGAAAUGGAAGAAGUUGGAGGUACAACAGAGGAGGCUGUUCCUACCAUAAUAACAACAGAACAGGAGCAAAAGCAGCCAAUGUAUUACCUGGAGGAAGAGGAGGAAGAAAUCUACAUCUCAGAGUCAAUGCAGGAAAUGACAGCACCACCCUCCAUACAGGUACCCACUGAGGAUGUGUGUGUAGAGCCGGGCCAACCAGCUGUGUUUACAGCCAUCAUCACAGGAAGGCCUACUCCAACAGUACAGUGGUACAAGGAUGAAGAGGAGCUUGCAGCUGAUGAGAAUGUGGAGAUAGUCCGGCAUGGUGCCCGCUGCUCAAUGACCAUACUGUGUCCUGAAGGCGAGGAUAGUGGUAUCUACACCUGCUUUUCUUACAACGAGUCUGGUCAUGCCUCAUGUGAGGCUCAGUUGACAGUGGAAGAAGGUCCACUGGAGCGUCAGGAAAGAGAGGUGGAGCUGGGGAAGAGAAGGAAGUUAUUCUCUGUGUAUGAUGUCCAUGAGGAAAUUGGAAGGGGAACGUUUGGGGUAGUAAAGCGUGUAGUCCACAGAAGAACAGGCGAAGUGUUUGCUGCCAAGUUUCUGCCUCUGCGCAGCAGCACUCGGACCAGAGCAUUCCAGGAGAGGGACCUGCUAUCCAGACUGGCUCACCCCAGAGUGGCCUGUCUGCUGGACUUCUUCUGCACCAGACGCACACUGGUGCUCAUUACAGAAAUGUGCUGUUCUCAUGGACUUCUGGAUCAUUUAUUACUGAAAGGAUCCAUCUCGGAGAAAGAGGUUCAGUCAUACAUCCAACAAAUACUUGAAGGAGUUGGUCAUAUUCACAGCAUGAACAUUUUGCAUCUGGACAUUAAGCCUGAUAACAUCCUCAUGGUGUAUCCACCCAGAGAUGAAGUCAAGAUCUGUGACUUUGGCUUCUCCCAAGAAAUAGACACAUCCAGACACCAAUACAGCAUGAUUGGUACACCAGAGUUUGUUGCCCCUGAGAUAGUCCACCAAGAACCGGUCACUGUGGCCACUGAUAUGUGGUCUGUAGGUGUCAUUGCCUAUUUAUGUCUGGUGGGCCGUUGUCCUUUUGUGGGUGAGACAGACCGCUCCACACUGCUGAGGGUGGGAGAGGGAACUCUGAACUGGGAUGCCCCUGAUGUCACCUAUAGGAGUCCUGAGGCCCAGAACUUUCUCUACAUGCUUCUUCAGCCAGAUCCUGAGAAGCGACCUUCUGCCUUUGAGUGCUUGAGUCAUGAAUGGUUCCAGGAUGAGAAUGCAGGAGAGGAUACAGAUGAAAUCAACUCAAAAAAUUUGAAAUCCUUUAUCUCCAAAAGGAAAUGGCAGCGCUCUUUGACCUGCAUUGGGUCCGUUCUUACCUUGAGGCCCAUCCCUGAGCUGCUGGACGCUCCUCUCAGAGAAACUGCCGUCACAGUGCCUCGUGAGCCUCAAGAGCACAGCAGCACCUCUCUGAGCAGCGGCUCUUCCUCAGAAUACGAUGAAGCAGACUCUUGGGACUUUUUCCAGCACUACAGCCAGACUGAGGAGGAGGAGGAGGAAACAGAGGAGGACUAUGAUCCUUUAUCAGAGAGAGCACGGAUCCCUGAACCUUUUGCCAAACCUUACUUUGAGGUAGAAGAGGACGAUGACGUGACACUAGGGGAGGAUGAGGAUGGAGAGAUAGUUGGAAGGAGGAGUGCCCUAGAGCGGAGCAUAAGCAGGCAGUCUGUUGCUUCAUCAGACGUUUCAUGCCAGAGGACACCUCAGAGGGAGCGCAGGUUCAGUAAAGACAGUAGUCCAUCUCCCUGCUUAUCUGAUGGAGAUGAAGGUUCAGGGAGUGAUGGAGGCCGUAUCCCUCGUGGGAACGUCAUUCGAAGCACUUUCUACAACACCUCUCAUCAGCUUUCACCCAUGUCUGCUAGACACAUGACAUUACGGGACAAAUUCCAGGCCAAAAAGCAGGAAAGAGGCCGUAAACCACUCCGGAGAAGCUUUUCAGGACGUCUCAAUGAGCCUCUUAUUGAAUAUGUGGAGGAUGACACAGAAACCAAUCGAGGUCAGAGACGAGCUUCAGUCCAACCCACAAUACAGAAGUCCUGUUCCUUUGAUAGCGGUGUUGGCCUUGCCCAUACAAACGUCCCCCCUCACAGGAGGAGCAGGUCUCUUGAUGAGUCUCGGAGAUCUCCAAGCUCACCCACAUCCAAGUCUGGUGAGGAGGAAGGCUCUCAAAGUCUGAAAGAAGAUUUCACAGAUGAUGAAGCAGCAGGGAGAAAGUUGUUGCCUAUACCAAGCCCUCGCCGACCCACUAGAAGAAGAGGAUCUGUCGCUCCAAAACAAGGGACUGGCAUAGUUGGUGGAUCUUCAGCUCCCUCAAGCUUUCUCGCUGGAGACAGAAGGAGCCAGAGGCUGGAUCAGGAGCAGACAGAGGGAGACGCGUUAGCUGGCUCCCAGGCGUCACUGGCUGAGUCGUCUAUUUUGGAACAUGGUGGCUCUGAGUCAUCAAGUCGAGUUGGCUCCUAUGAAGAGCUGAGUCGUGGUUAUCUCAGAGGUAGGUACAGAUCAACAGAGAGUGAUGGCUGUGACGAUCAAGGGGAGCCUCUUAUUUCAACAUCUCCACGCUCCUUCCAAGAAGUUAAACCAAGAAGCUCAGUGCCCCAGGCACCACCACGUAAUCGCACCCGCUCCAACCCCAACUUAUCAAUAACCAGCAGGACCCAGUCAGGGACCCUGUUAACAGCGAGUCCAAGUCCAAGUCUCUCUUCACUCCAGGCUCCAGAGAGGCCUCCCAGAGCCAAGGACAAGAAGGAGGGCUAUGGUCUCCAGCGGCAUGCGUCUGCCCCAGCCCUCGAAGCCCGGCCACCUACGGGGAGGUCACCCAAGGUGGGACUGCUUAAGAUCUUCCGCAGGCAGUCCUGGACUGGUCAUUCAUACUCCCAGCUGGAUAACUCAGAGUUAGGACCAACACUGGGAGAGAUCAUGAAGCCAGACACUCCCACCAUGUCUCUGAGGAAGAAGAUGAGAGCUUCAGCCUCCAGCCUGACAAAACUCUUCACCAGGUCCUCUAGUAAGGAGGAUGUGAGUAAAGGAGGGCCUAUAGUAAAAGGAUCAGCUCCUAUCCCACCUGAAAGGCACCGUAGCAGUGGUCUUGAGAGUCCAAAGAAGAGGACCUCCAAACUCUUGCCGUCCUUUAAAAUACCUGCAUUCAUAAAGUCAAAAGAUCUGCUUGUCCGUCCAAACAAAGCCGAAGUAUUCCACUUAGAUGGAGGAGGCGUCCUGCUGGUUUGGAAACCUGUCCAGUCUAGUGACCCUGUCACCUACUGUGUUCAGUACUGCACAGAUGGAGGAGAAUGGACAGUCCUGUCAGAGGAAGUGACAGAAAGCUGCUAUGUGGUGAAAGAUUUACCCAGAGGAGCUUCUUAUGUGUUCAGGAUAGGUUGCGUCACCAAAACAGGAGCAGGACCCUUCAGUGAUGCUUCAGCACCUGUUGUCAUGGCUACACAUCCUGAAGAGAUUCACAUUCCUCUGAUCCAGACUGAGUCUUUGGGAUCCAAGGUCGCUGUGUCAGGUCAACAAACAAUAAGACACAAGAACUACAAUUUUCUCUCUGAGAUCAACAGAGGUCGUUUCAGCGUUAUAACCCUGUGCAGGGAUCCUGAGACAAGCCAAGUGUUUGCUGCUAAAAUCACCCCAUACCAGGCAGAGCAAAGACUGUUGGUGCUUCGGGAAUAUCAGCUGCUGAAAAGGCUUCAUCACCCCCACCUGGUGCAGCUGCACACUGCCUACAUCACCUCCCGAUACCUGGUGUUAGUGGAAGAAAUGUGUCCUGGCAAGGAGCUGCUCUACAGUCUGUCAGCCAGAGAUCUGUAUUCAGAGACUCAAGUUGCAGAGCUGCUGGUUCAGAUCCUGAGUGCAGUCGACUACCUUCACAGCCGUCGAGUCAUCCACCUGGACCUGAAGUCAGACAACAUGCUGGUGGAUGACGGUAACCACCUGAAGAUAGUCGACUUUGGCUCAGCUCAGACCUUCACACCCGGUCAGCCUCUUCAAAUCGAGCACAUCCACAGCCUGGCGGACAACAAAGACUGCCGCAGCAAAGUUUAUAUUGUGCUUCCUAAAGCUCCGGAAAUCCUGGAAGGUCAGGGGGUCGGGCCAGAGACUGACAUUUGGGCAAUAGGAGUCCUGUCGUUCAUCAUGUUGAGCGCUGACAGCCCAUUUUAUGCAGAGCACAGCUGGGAACAAGACAAAAACAUCAAGAAAGGGAAAAUCCAGUUUGGUCACUGUUACCCAGGCCUGUCCGAGGGGGCCUUAAACUUCAUGAAGAGCAGUCUGAAUAAUAAAUCUUGGGGGAGACCGACAGCAGCAGAGUGUCUCCAGAACCAGUGGCUGCGCGCUCAUCGUACCCCACACAAAGCCAGACCCUCCAAAGUGUGUUUCUCCACAGACAAGCUAAAAGAUUUCCUCAAGCAGAAGGAGGAGAAGCGAGACCAGGUCCACAUUAAGCUUCAGGGUCCCUUCUUCCAGUAAGGACAAACUAUUGGGCUUUCUAUUCAGCAGCACAUGAAUGUUUCCUAUGUUGAUCCACUGUGGAUAAAUUGGUUUCAGUAUUGAUUGAUGUUAUAAAGAUGAACUGUCUUAAUGAUGUUCUUAUCUAUUAGUUUGUACAUGUAAGCGUGCCAAAUUUGCUAUGCCGUGGCUUAUAUAGAGACGUAUCAGGGAAAUUUAAGGCUUGGUCUGAGCAGCAAGUGUAUGAGUAGUAAUAAUUUAGCCUACUUAAAGUGACAUAAGUUGUUUUUUUUUUUUUCAUCAGUAUCAGACAGGUGCAGGUUUGGCCUUAAAGUGAAGCAGAGAUUUUACAGAGUGAUAUGUGUAUUGUAUAAACUAAAUAUACCAUGUUUGCCCAAAGCUAUAAUGUUAGAUGGUAAAUUGAUUAGGUUUCAUGGAAAGAUUCAUAUAAAUUUACAAUGUGAAUGCUUAAGAGAAUAAAAGAUAACUUAAAUGGCG